UGCUGAAUAAAUAGAUGUCUCUGUUGUCAGUGUUUGCUUCUUUCGUUUCUUUCACUCCUGGCUGCAGAAUCUUUGCCUUCCACUUCUUUUAUGAGCAUUCUUCUGCGUAGACUGAAGUUGAUCCUCGGAAUGCCUUUCUAUGCUGUGGCGAGGGGAAGACAACCAGGGAUUUACAGUACUUGGGAUGAGUGUAAGAAGAAUGUGGAUGGCUUCAGUGGGGCACGCUACAAGAAGUUCUCUUCCGAGACGGAAUGUCUCACCUUCAUAGAGCAGAACAAAUCAGGACCUGUCUUGGCGUCAACUUCCGCCACCUCCAGUCUCGCCCCAAGUGCUCCACGCGAAAACAGGAAAGCGUGGAAAGGAAAACGUCUGGCGGACCUCUGCCCGAACCUAUUGAUGAGCAGAGGUGUCAAGCGUGCCCGGACGUCAGAAGAAGCGGAAAAGAGUGAUGACUUUCUGGACGUGUGGACGGAUGGAGCUUGUCCGGGAAAUGGAUUCAACGCCACUGCAGCAGGAAGAGGCGUUUUCUUCGGUGACGAUCACCCGUGGAAUGUGGCUGAGAGAGCCGAUGGUCCGCCAACAAACAAUCGCGGUGAGAUCCAGGCGUCCAGGAGAGCUAUUGAGAUUGCCAAAUCGCAAGGGAUCAAGAAGCUGAGAAUCAAUACCGAUUCGGAUUUCUUGAUCAAGAGUGUUGAGAAUUACAUGCCGAGAUGGAAGAAGAAUGGUUGGAAGACUGCAGACAGGAGAGAUGUGAAGAAUAAGGAUGACUUCAUCCUGCUGGACAAGGUACUGGACGGAACGAUAGAGAUUCAGUGGAAACACGUUCCGGGCCAUAAAGGUGUCUACGGGAAUGAGAAAGCCGACGAAUUGGCUCGCCUUGGAGCUUCAAAAUAGAGUUCAUUAUAGUUGA